GCCGGAGGGAGAGGCAGGAAGGAAGGCAGCCGCGUGACAGCCGACAGUGUACAGACGUCAGUGAAGGUGGGAGGAGUGGCCUCGUUGCGGCUCCUGACAGUGACACGGUAUCUUUUCGCGGCAAAGAAGGUAAAGUAAUCGAGGCCUGAGACUGACCCAAACUGGAAGCGAGAACAGAGCGUGUACCUGCAAGACCCUAAUUGGCUCCGGAACACACCUGGCGGGCCCCAACACCUGCCAGGAUAUCAUGACAAGUACCUGAUUGCACCGGGGAAAAGGGAGCGUGAAGUCAGAAGGGAGGAGAAAAGAAAGUAAAAGACCCGGAGAAAGGAAGGAUUUGGUAGGAGCAGACUUGGACAGGAUCGCUCUGAAGAUAAAAAUAGAAGGCAAAGGUGGAAGAUUGAGUGUCAGAAGAAGUGGAAAAGGAACGUAUUUGGGAGUGAAAAGGAAGAAAUGAUAAUGAAGAGAAAAACUUAAGGAAAGAAGAAGAUAAAAAAAAAAUUCUUGAGAGAGAAGGAAAAGAGAAGAGGAAAACGUGAACAGAAAGGAUAACAACAUUUAUUCGGUGAAAAAUAAUCAUAAAAAAGACGAAAUAAAACUUGUAUUACAGAUAAGAGAGGUUAACAUAGCGAAUAAAAAAAUAACUUAGGAAGAUAAAACUGAAAAAAAAAAGAAUAACAAGGAAAGAAUCUUGAGUCAGUGGAUAUGAUUUCUGAGAACUAAGAGGAGACAAGAGAAACCAAGAGGGGAGGGGCACCAACUCCCUCCCGUCACCCCCGCACACCCCAGCCACUCACCGCUUGCCUGUGUCACCAAGGGGCGGCCUCCUCACGGGUCGCCGACGUCUGGCCGCCAAGAUUUACUGGUCAAACUCCCCGCAGAUUUUUAAGUACCCCGCCCAUCUCGCCGCCGCCGCCCGUCGCCAGGCAGCAGCGAGAGGGCCGUCGGAGGAGGACGAAGAAGUCACGCUGCGUGCCGCCAUGGAGGACGGCCUCACCCACUCCCCCAGGCCGGAUUCUGAGGCUGGACGCACGUACACCCUCACCGACGCCUCGGAUCCACAGCCGCAGGAAGGUGACGCCGAGGAGGACUUACUCCAGGCUCACCACUUGCUCCCACACCACAUCAGGGUCAAGAGCACACCGCCGAGGGAGGAAGAAAGAGACAAAGACAGUAAAGGAGGAGGAGGCGGAGGAACACAGGACGAGGAGGAACAAAGAAGAGGAAGAGAGAACGGAGAAAAGAUAACCAAACUUCUUCCUCCAUCAUCUUCCUCCAUUCCCGAAGAUCGUCUCUCCUCCACCACCUACAGUCUCCCAGCAGCCCCUCCCUCACCCCCCGCCCGCACGAACGGCUGCCCCAUCCACACGCCCACUGGUACCCCAACCCACGCCCGUAGCCACGCCCACCACGUCCGCUCGUCGUCGUCAGGAGGGAGCAGCAGGUCCUCCGCCGCGGAAUCUCAGCUACUUCACUGUGGGAUCUGCACUCGCCGCUACUCCAACCCAAAGGUGUUGCCGUGCCUUCACACCUUCUGCGAGCGGUGCCUCAUCAGCUACACCCCGCCGGAGUCCCUCACGCUCACCUGCCCCGUGUGUCGCCAGCAGUCCAUCCUCCCCAAGGCCGGGGUGCCAGGACUGCAGAGUAACACGUGGGUGAGAGGCGUCAUGGAGGCCCUGGAGGGGAGCGUCGCUCCCGCCGCCCCGGCAGCCGCUACCACCCCCUGCCACCACUGCCACCACCGCCACCCCGCCGCUCGCUGCCACCACUGCCAGGCACUCCUUUGCGACACCUGCGCCCGCACUCACUCACAGGACUCUGGUAGUGAGGGUCACAGCGUGGUGAGCCUCGGGGACAGUGAGGUUGAGGAGGCGCCGCCCCAAGCCAAUGGACACCACCACCACCACCCUGAUGAAGAGGACGAUAAUGAAUCUGUGUCCUCAGCUGCCACCACACUCUACUGCCCCUCCCAUCAAGGCCAGACUCUGCGCUUCUACUGCCGAGACUGUGAAACAGCGGUGUGCAGCAGCUGUACAGACAUUGAACACCGCACCCACAACACCCUGCACCUUGCUGAUGCUGUUGAUGAACACCGUGCUGCCAUGCACCAAUUGAUUGACCGUGUCACUAUGCAGCUCCCAUGCAUGAAAGAGGCGAUCUGUGAUGUGCAGGAGGUGGUGAGCAGCCUGCAGGGGCGGAGAGCAGCGGCAGAGUCUGAAGUGAGGCGCUGCUUUGACUCUCUCCACCAGCUGCUGGACCAGCGGCAGACUGCUCUCAUUAAUGCCCUCAACACCAUCGAGUCUGAGAAGCAGCAAACACUAGGCAAUCAACUGGAGGAGCUUGAAUCUUGGGUACAUGGGGUGGAGAGUGGAUGUGAGUUUGUUGAGAAGGCACUCUCACACUGCCCAGCCAUGGAGGUGGUGCUGGUAAGGAAGCAGCUCGGCGAGCGCCUCAUGGACUAUGCCAACAUGAAUGUUCCACCAGCACCCCGUGAAAACAGUCACCUCAAGUUUGUAGUUGGCAACAUUGAUCCCCUGAAGACUGCCUUCCUGCACAUUGGCAGCAUUCAGAGCAACAGUGCCGUGCCCCAUCAAACUUGUGCCACUGGAGAGGCGCUCAGACUUGUGACAGUGGGCAAAGGCAGCAUUGUGACGGUGGUGACUCGCGACCACAAGGGGGAGAAGACAGCAUCAGGGGGAGCAGAGGUGACCACCACCCUAACCCGCACCAGCCUCUCAGUGCCCCGGCACGGCUCUUCCUCCCCACGGGCCCCCUCCGCCUCCCCACGCUCCACCAGCAAGAGCCCCAGUGGGUCCCGGGAGGAGGUGGUGCAGCCUCAAGUGUUGGACCUGAACAAUGGGACAUAUGAGGUGGCCUUCACAGUCCCCACAGAGGGAAUCUACAGCCUGGAGGUUCAGCUAUAUGGCCAACCCAUCUCUGGCAGCCCCUUCAGCAUCACAGCCACAGCACCAGUGGAAGAAGACAGUGGUAGCAGCCAGAGGUCUCUUCCUCCUCACACACUUGCCCGACAGACUUCCCAUUCCACGCAGGUCACCUCUCGGGCUUCCCGUGCCUCCCGUCGACCCAUGUCCCACCGUUCGUCCUGCUCCCGCCGCACCAAUCCCAUUGAGGAUGACAUGCUGCUCAGAGUUGGAAGGCGGGGACGUAAUCGAGGAGAGUUUGUCAAUCCCCAGGGUAUUGCUUACAGCCCCUUCAAGGAUGGCCGCAUUGCUGUAGCUGACUCCAACAACCAGUGCAUUCAGGUGUUCACACUGGCAGGGGAAUGCAAGCUUAGAUUUGGAGUGAGGGGACGAAGCAUUGGCCAGAUGCAGCGGCCGACAGGCGUGGCUGCCUUGCCCAAUGGGAAUUAUGUCGUAGCAGACUAUGAGAACAAGUGGGUGUCUGUAUUUGAGCCAUCUGGGAAAUACAUCACUCGCCUAGGCCAUGGCAAGCUGCUGGGUCCAAAGGGAGUGUGUGUGGACAACAACGGCCACAUAAUUGUAGUAGACAACAAGGCAUCGUGCGUGUGCGUCUUCCAGCAGUCUGGAAAGCUUCUCACUAAGUUUGGGAGUCGUGGCACAGAUGACUUCCAGUUUGCUGGGCCACACUUUGCUGCAGUGAACAGCAAAGGCCACAUUGCCAUCACAGACUUCCACAACCACUGUGUCAAGGUUUUUGAUUCUGCUGGAGAUUUCAUGUUCAGCUUUGGCUCAAGUGGUGAAGGUAAUGGGCAGUUCAACGCCCCAACAGGAAUUGCUGUUGAUGCUUACGACAACAUCAUUGUGGCAGACUGGGGCAACUCCAGGAUACAGGUGUUUGAUGCGCAGGGAUCGUUCCUUUCCUAUGUCAACACUCUGGCAGAUCCUCUGUAUGGGCCACAAGGCAUGACACUCACCCCUGAUGGUCAGAUCUUUGUGGCUGACUCAGGCAACCACUGCUUCAAGGUGUACAAAUACCUACAGUAGUGAGGACACAAUCAUGAAAACCUCAAACCCAGGGACCAUCUACAGGAGGGACCACAUGCUAUUGCCUCUUCCUUAUCUGUGUAGAAUGAGUAAGGCAAUAAACAAGAGGUUCUGGGUUUUUGAGGCAGUUCCAUAAUGCCAAACUCAUUCAGCUGUGGCAUGGAUGAAUCUCUGGCAAAAGACUUUGAUGACAGUACGGAAGUGACCAUGAACUAUUUAAGUAAUGGACAGUGCCACACAUAUUAUAGGGUGACUUGUUCCUCUGUGUUAUGAUGGAUUUUAGUCAAGUGCCGAUGCCAAUGAAAUGAGUUGUGUAAGUCACAAAAGAUACGUCAUCAAGCCAUGAUCUAGAGUGAGAUCUAUAAAUUAAUUGCAGUUUCUAACAGUGAAUAUUUUGCUGAGCUCCUUACAAGCUCAAACUCUGCUUUUCUUCUCUUAAAUGCCUUCAGUGAGAAGUGCAGUAAUAUCAUUCCAUUUUCCUGUGCAUUAAUAAUCAUCAUUUGCGUGAUUUUUUUUUUUUUGUCUGCAUCUGUGUUGAUGGACACCCAACAGACCUCCACAGCCCGAAGCACCCCAAGGCAGACAUACCUACCUUGUUCUUCCCUAUUCGUCCUCAUUACUUUGAUCUGUGCAUUACUGUAAUUCUCCCUAUCACCCACUCCCCACCUCCCCAUUACCUACACUUGAGUGAUGCUUCUUAUUUUCUCCCCGUCUCUCACUUACACUCCUUGUUUGGUUUACUCUUCAUUCCUGUAACAACACUCCUCAGCAUUUCCUUUCCUCCUCACCACCCAUACAUUGUCCUUAUUCCACCUGCCCAUUUCUGCACCAAAUGUUGUAUAAAGAAUAUUUGAGGAAGUUUGCAUUAGUGAAAAUUUUACUUAAUUUCUAUUCAGAUAUUCAAUUCAUUGUGGAGAAAAGUUGAUAAAGAUAUUUAAACUGAAUGUUGAGUGGUAUUUUAUUUCUUUAUUUCUUCUGUCUUUGGAGCUGAAUUGUAUUUGCAUUUUGUUAGUGUUAUUCAGCCACCAUCUAUUCUCAUCUACAAUAAGUGUCACUGUAGAAUCACCUACACCAUUAUACUUCAUUACAUGCAAGUGACAUUCACUUUUUGAGUAGAAAUUGUCGGUGAUGUUUGCUCUUUGUUGAUACAUAUUAUUUAAAGUUUCAGUUAGUAAUGAAGAGCCUGACAUAAAAGACUGAUGUAGAUCUUAAAAAAAAAAAAAAAAAAAAUUUAAUCAAGGUUUAGUUUCAUGUUUGACUUAAUUCUCUUGCACAUGAAAUAAUUCAAGGAAUAACAUUACAUACUGAACCAAAUAUGCAGAUUUUUGUCACAGCGAAUAAUAGUGACAUUAAAGAUUUUCAUGGAACUGAUGCAUUGAGGGGACUGUGUAGUAGAGGCAGUGGUGGUGGUGGUGGUGAUGAUGAUGAUGAUGUUAGUGGUAAUGGUAGUAUGUAUAGCAGUGCAGUAUAUAGUUUUCUACCCUUGUUCUUUGUCUGAAGUGCCUCUGUUACUGUUGAAGAGAGAAAGUGAGAGUGAGAGACUCCAAAACUUUUAUCUCUGUGACAUUCAUGUCCUUGUCUGUUGUGUCAGUGGUGCUAGUCUUCCUCCCCACCACAGCACACUUUCCUCUUUGCCAACCACACUUCCUCCUUCCCCUCCUUCCUCCUUCCGUUCUCCUGAUCCAUAAGGGUGUCUGAGUGCCAUGUCUUGCUGGGCUGCCUGUGAUGGGCACCCUGGUGUGCCCAAAAGCAAAUACCACCCUUCUGUAUCCAGUCCAGAAAGGUGUUUAUACAUAUACGUGAAAAUAUAUACAUAUAUUCAUCUUAUAUCUAUACAUAUAUAGCUAUGAAUAUAUAUAAUUGCUAUGUAAUUAGAGGAACUGAUAUUGUGUGUGUGUGUGUGUGUGUGUGCCCUGUGACUGUUACUCUCACAAUGAAUCACAGUUGUCAAUCUGAGUGUUAAUUCUCCUUGUAGUCUUAAGAAACAAUAAGCUCUGCUUUGUGGCUUGUAAUGAUAUGGACACCCAUGAAACCAGUGCAUCUGCCACAGUGAUGUCAGUAUGAUGAGUGGCUGUCACUCACUCACCAGCCUCUGUUUGGUCAGAUAAAGGCAUUCCUCUCAA